AUGUACUUUUUGGAUUGGCCUAACAACCCAAUUCAGAAGAAAUCAUCGCAUCAGUCCGAUAUCUACUGCACAUGUGACAGAUUAAUCAAAUGCACGUGCCACCAUGUGUAUGGACGGUGCCCUUGUCCAUCGGGAUACACGGGUCGUAAUUGCGAAGAGCCUUGUCCCGAAGGCACCUUCGGCCCAGACUGUUCCAUGAACUGCACUUGCCAUAACGAAGGCCAGUGUAAUGCAACGGAUGGGAAUUGCAUCUGUAAGGCUGGCUGGAAGGGGAAGAAAUGCGAAGACCCUUGUCCUGAAGGCACCUUCGGCCCUGACUGUGCCAUGAACUGCACUUGCCUUAACGAAGGCGUGUGCAACGCAACGGAUGGGAAAUGCAUGUGUCGGGAUGGCUGGACGGGAAUUGAAUGCGAAAAGCCUUGCCCUGGAGGCUUCUUCGGGCGCGGCUGCAACGAGACCUGCCCCGACUGCAGAAACGGUGAGGGGAUUCUGGUGAUCGGUUUAAUUCUUUCGAAGAAAGGUGCAAGGAUCAUCACGCUAGAGACGUGCCACCAUGUGUAUGGACGGUGCCCGUGUCCAUCGGGAUACAAGGGUCGCGAUUGCACGGAGAUCUGUCCACCUGGUCAUUUUGGACAAGGUUGUCUGCAAGAAUGCGACUGCAAGAACGAUGGCGAAUGCGAGCGUGUCUAUGGUCGGUUUCAUCGCACACUUGCUUUGUUCUUGGAGUAUAGAUACUUAUACGGAAAAUGCAUUUGUCAAGAUGGCUGGAGGGGGGAGAAAUGCGAAGUGCCUUGUCCUGAAGGCACUUACGGCCCAGACUGUGCCAUGAACUGCACUUGCCGUAACGAAGGCGUGUGCAACGCAUCGGAUGGGAAAUGCGUUUGUCAGGAUGGCUGGACGGGAAAUGAAUGCGAAAAGCCUUGCCCUAGAGGCUUCUUCGGGCGCGGCUGCGGCCAGACCUGCACCGAAUGUGGAAACGGUGAGGGGAUUCUGGUCAUCGGUUUAGUUCUGUGGAGGAGAGGUGCAAGAAUCAUCACGCUCGGAUUCCUCGAUUUUUUCGAGAUGCUUCCGGUUCGGCUCAACUGGAUGCAUUGGGACGAGAAUUGCUGUUCGGCUCAACUGGAUGCAUUGGGACGAGAAUUGCUGUUUGUCUUCCCAGACAUAGACCACCAUACUGUUCCAGCAGUUAGGAAUAUUUUGUGA